AUGACAACCAAACCCAACACCAACGGUCAGGCCACUCCGACACCGCCAGUCACCAUCGGGUCGCUCACCAACCUCAAGGUCGCCGUCCCAGGAGCCAACCUCAGCCUCGCCGGUGUCCUUCAAUCGACCAACCACCCUUCCCGUCGGCUUGCUAUCAUCUGCCAUGGUAUCCUCGGCCACAAGAACUACCUCUUUCAGCCCACCAUCGCCAAUGUGCUUGCCCCUCAUAUGGACACCUUCCGGUUCGAUUUCCGCGGUAAUGGCGACAGUGAGGGCCAUAUGGGUUACUCUAACUGGGACGAUGACAAGGCGGAUAUUGACGCCGUCAUCGCUCACUUUGAGCGCCAGGGGUAUUAUAUCUAUGCCCUGAUCGGACACUCUCGAGGGGCCAUCUCGUCCUUAAACUAUGCCGCGACCUCACAUCAUGUCCCCAUGAUUCCUUACAUUGUCAGUAUCAGUUCCCGCUUUGACAUGUCCGAUGUCAAGCGCAAGCACGGACCAGAGGUCUUGGAAUUGUUGGAGAAGCAGGGCCACUUUGACUGGCAAGCUCGCACAGGUGGCAAGGAUAUCACUCUUCGCGUCACCCAGCAACACUUUGACGACUUUUUGAACUUUGACACCGCCGCGGUCGCCCAUAUUCCAUCGAUGACCAAUGUCCUUUUGAUUCAUGGAUCCGAUGACGAUGUUGUGCCUGUCAAAGAUAUUGCUGCGUUGCAGAGCCACUUGUCGCAUGCAAGGACAGCAAUGCGGAUCAUCACCAACGCGGAUCACAACUACCGCAAGCACUACAACGACCUCAGCCAGAUCAUUGGAGAUUACUUUUCCGCAGAAGGACGCAAGUCAGACUGGACCCGCCGCAUCCUCCCCAACUGGAAGACCUGGGUUCAUGCUGUCGGUGGCGUGCUGAACUUUAGAACUAUCGGCGAUAUCUGGAUCCCCUCGCAGACUGAUGGCACCGUUAGCUAUCUUCGCCCUGGUAUCAUCUACCGCUGUGCCGACAUCUCGAAGCCCACCCCUGAGGGCAUUAAGGUCUUGGAGUCACUCAACAUUACGGACGUCUUUGAUCUUCGCUCCAACUCGGAGACGGAACGCCGUGGAACCUUUGAAGGAGAAAAGAUCAAGCGCCACCAUACUCCAGUAUUCGCAGAGGUCGACUACUCGCCAGCACAGAUUGCAUUGCGCUUCAAGAUGUACCUUGGAGGCACCGAGGGCUUUGCUCAGGCCUACAUGUCGAUGAUGCCCAACAUUCGCAACUUCUUCCCUCCAGUACUGGAGCAUAUCGUCAAGAAGAAGACACCCUUCAUUGUUCACUGUACGGCUGGCAAGGACCGGACUGGAGUUACCUGCGCCCUUUUGCAGAUGAUCUGUGGAGUCGAUGAAGAGCAGAUCGCAUGGGAGUACGAGUUGACUCGCCGCUGCAUGGCCAUCAAGGAAGAGGAUGUAGAAUUCUUGAAGGCUGCCAUCGGAGAAGAGUCUUCCGAUGCCCAUAUCCGCGGUGUUCUCUCCACCAACGAGGAGUAUAUGCUUAGGUUCCUGGAGGAGUUCCAUGCCAAGUAUGGGACGAUUACGGACUUUUUGGUGAAUGAGCUGGAUAUGACGCUUGAGGAUAUCCAGGCUGUGCGGGAUGUGUUGCUUGUCAAGAUACCCGUGCCCCGUGCGGCGAUGUAG